AUAAAAUAAGCUGAAGAAAACUUGAAAUCACAAACCGAAAGAAUCAAUCAGCCAUGGAAGAAUGCAAUGAAUCGGAGCAGGUUUCUGAUCAUUUUAUAUGCGCCGUUUGCUUAGACAUUCUGUACAAACCCAUUGUUUUAGUUUGUGGCCAUGUCACCUGCUUCUGGUGUUGCCACCGCUCCAUGGAUAUGAGAGGUCAAUCUCAUUGUCCAUUAUGUAGGCACCCAUAUCGUCAUUUUCCAGCCAUCUGUCAGAUGCUAGACAUCUUUCUCAAGAAGAUGUAUCCGAUUUCUUAUGAUAGAAGGAAAACACAAACACUUGAGGAUGAACGACAAGGCUCAUUAGGGUUUGCAACAGAUAUAGACUCUGCUGUUACUGGUGAAGAAUUAGAUCAGCCUUCCAAAUCCAGUUCUGAAGAUAAUUUGUUGAUAAGUCCUUCUACUGAAGAAAAGAAAUCUGUUGAUGGAUGUUCUGCUGGAAACUGUAAGCAAGUAACAGUUGCUGAUAUGCUUUGUUCUGAAUGCAAGCAGCUGUUAUUUCGACCUGUUGCUCUUAAUUGUGGUCAUGUUUACUGUGAGGCCUGCAUCAGUGUCCCAGAGGAUAAAGUAAUUAAAUGUCAAGUUUGUGAAUGUAAGCAUCCGAGUGGAUUUCCAAAAGUCUCCAAGGAGCUUGAUUAUUUCCUAGAGGAACAUUUUUCUUCAGAGUAUGCACAUAGAAAAAGCAGUAUGCAGCUCCACAAAGAGCAAACUCAAAAUGGAAAUUCAUUGACAAGUUCAUCAGCAGCCGAUGCUGAAGCUUCCAAGUUUCCAUAUCCAACAGAAGAGAAUUUCCUUCAAUGGUGGACUGCUCAUGGCUCAAAAUUUCAUCCUGGGGUUGGUUGUGACAGGUGUGGGAUGUGUCCAAUAAUUGGGGAAAGAUAUCGAUGUAAAGACUGCAAGGAAAAAAGUGGUUAUGAUCUGUGUGGAGAUUGCCACAAAACAGGCUCAAAGCUUCCAGGCAGGUUCAACCAGAAGCAUACCCCUGAACACCAGCUUGAGUUAGUUAAACCAGCCAUCAACCGAGAUGUCAUAUACAGAUUGUUAAGUGGACAGCUGGCAGUUGUUUCUGCUGCUUCUCGGAAUCGCUCAAACCCACCUCUUAAUCAAGCCUUAGAAUCUGCAUCUUCUUCUCUUGAUGAUAAUAAUAAUAAUGUUGAUGAUGAUGAUGAUGAUGAUGGGUCAAGAGAAGGUCAGAGUCACAAUGAAACACCUUUAUGAAAAGAGUGAAGUACGCUGCUAUUUCUUGCAGUUUGUUGUAUACUUGAACUUCGAUUGCAACUAAACUAGUCGUUGUCUUGCCACACCAUAACCACAUUCUUUGGUGUUUAAAUGAAAAUUGUUACCUUGGAUUUUUGUAAUUAUUCGGAUAUAGAAUCGUUUGUGCAUUACUACAAACAUUCUGAAAAUUAGGUAGUGUUUGGUA